AUGCUGCUGGCCAAGAAAGUGCGCGUCUAUCAUCUCUACGGUUUGACGGAAGCAGGAGCGCUGAUGGAAGCAUGGGCACCAGAUUUUCGGUGGGUCACUCCACUGGCGCAUGCAGCGCCGUUUUUAAAAUUCGAGCCUGUUGGCGAAGAUGGCUUCCACCUUGUCGUGAUGCCAGGACUUUCCGCCAAGGUAUAUUCCAACCGCGAAGAUGGGUCGUACGCCACGAAAGAUGUCUUUCGACCCCAUCCGUCUGAGCCAGGGCUAUGGAGGUUCGUGGCCAGGCAGGACGACAUUAUUGUGCUGAUGAAUGGAGAAAAGGCGGAUCCCACGCCGUUAGAAGAGGCCGUGUCGCGGAACCCCCAUGUGCGCGCAGCGGUCGUGUUCGGGGCUGAGCGAGACUCGCUGGGCAUGAUUGUGAUCGCGUCUGAUGCUGCCAAAGCCAAGAUGCUGAAGAAGCAGGACAUCCUGGAUAGUAUUGCCCCCGAUCUGGACUUGGGCAACUCUCGUGUGCCUGGAUAUGCACGAAUAUCUCGCGAGGCCGUCGUCAUCAAGGACACAGGCACGCCGUUCCCUUGUACCGACAAGGCUACCGUCAUCAAACCUCGCUUUCUGCAAACAUUCGCCGCAGACAUCGAAGAUUACUAUCAGAAACGAGCGCGAGCACAUGCAACCAACGAGGCGGCCGAGGUGCCCGAUGACCAGGUCUUAUCCACAGUGCGGCAUAUCGUUGUCACUGCCUUGAAUAUGUCUGUGGCAGACGUAGACGAUGAGGCUGACUUGUUCGCGCUGGGAAUGGACUCAUUGCAGGCCUCCAACGUGCGGUCCAGUCUUGUGAAGAACAUCAACCUACGCAGUGCCAGUGCCACGCUCGCCACCAACGUCGUCUUCGAACAAGCCAACAUCGCUCGACUGGCUCGCCAUCUGCUUGACCUUCGACAAGGCCUCUCUACCCAACAAGAUGCCCCUGAGGCGCUCGCCCAGGCACUGCUGGCUAAGUACUCGCACUUCUCCGAUUCCCCCUCUCGCAUUCCCUCUUCCCUAGGCGCAGGCACGUGCACAGGCACAGUCACUGGGGGGCUCCUUUGCGUGCUGCUCACCGGCGCCACAGGCGCAGUCGGCGCCCACUUGCUGCGCAACCUCGUCAUCAACCCCACCGUCUCCCAAAUCUACUGUCCUGUUCGCGCUCCAGACUCGUCCACUGCACGCACUCGCAUCCUCUCGGCCCUCGAGCACGCCCGUCUCCUCCCCCUUGACCCCACCAUCCACCUCCCCAAAAUCGUUGCUGUCCCCUGCGACUUCGCAGCGUUAGAUCUCGGUCUUCCCGCCAGUCUCGUCGCACAAUUCUCCUCGACCCUCACACACAUCAUCCACAACGCCUGGUCCGUCAACUUCAACCACUCGCUCCGCAGCUUCGAAACACACUCCCUUCGCUCGACUCACUUUCUCCUCAACCUCGCUGCCUCGUCUAUCCGCUGGCCCAAACCCACUGUGACCUUUGUCUCCAGCAUCGCCGCGGCCCUGUGUGCCGAGCCCGCCGACGCCAUCCCCGAGAUCCUGCACCCGUGGUCUACCGUUGCCGAGAUGGGCUACGCGCAGAGCAAGUGGGUGGCCGAGCAUAUGGUCGCCGCAGCCGCCGAGCAGGCCCGAGUUCCAGCUCGCGUUGUGAGGCUGGGGCAGGUGUGUGGGGAUACCGAGUGGGGAGUGUGGAAUCCGGCCGAAGCGUUCCCGGUCACAGUGCAGGCUGCCUGCACGAUUGGUGCGUUGCCAGUAGUCGAGAGUGAGUAUGGCGACGAGGAGGAGAGCUGGUUGCCGGUGGAUGUGGCGGCAAAGGCGUUGGCGCAGGUGGCAUUGGCAGCUGAGCAAAACGGAGCGAGGUUUCAUGUGCUGCAUGUCGUCAACGAGGCACGCAUCCUCUGGAAUGCACAGUUCCUGACUUACCUGAAGAAACACGGGCUGGAAUUUGAGGCGGUGCCGCAGAAAGAAUGGGUGCGCAGGCUAGAAGCCUCGGAGCAGGAUGUGCAGCUCAACCCGCCUUUCAAACUACUCGCAUUCUUCAAGACGAGAUAUGCAUCCUCCAGUGGAGCCUCGCAGCCAAAAUUCGACACCGCCCAGGCGAGGAAGUGGGCACCUUGCUUGAAAGGUGGAGUAGACAUCAGCCAGGAAUUAGUUGGGAAAUUCCUCCGAUACUGGACGCAGGAAGCGUGGGCAAAGAAGCCUCAAGAUAAACUACUACGUCUACACACGUAA